AUGCAGCUUCCUCCCGUGGUGCCACACCUGCACCGCAGCGCGGUGCUAAGCCUUGCCGCCACCUCCGCCCUCAGGAACGGUACACAACUCUGCGCGAUGGGCAGGAAGUCGGGCCUGACGGGGGAUGCGGAGAGGCGCAAGCGGCGCAAGGCCGCCGAGGCGGCCGCUGCCUCCGUCGAGCCCACGGGCGCCACCGAGGCGCCGGAGCCGCCCGCCGCGCCCGACAACUCGCCGGAAAGGGAGGUCGAGCCGGCAGUCGAGCCGGCAGCGCCCGAUCAUCCCUGCCUCCGGCACCCAGACCCCGAGGUGAGGGCCCUCGCGGCGCUGCAGCUGAAGAUUGAGGCGGAGCAGUCGGGCACGGAGUCAAAGGAGGAGAUCGAGCUCAAGGUGAAGAUGGCGUGGCUGGCCCGGCUCGCCGACGACUACUGCGUGCGCGUGGGCGACACUGAGCGGACCAAGGGGCUCUUCGGCGGGAGGCGGCCUUGGUGGCGAGAGGAGGGGUGGCACGAGUGGUACCCCGGCCGCUGGGAGGAAAACCGCCUUCUUUGGGGCGAGUACAACGAAGAGCGAGAUGGUGAGACCGAGAUGGAGCUCCUCCGGCACUGGCUGGCCCGCUGCCGGAAAAAAUCCGGGGUUUAG